UAUUAUUAAAGUAGAAAAUGUUUAGCUUUUAUACUCUAAUGAUGCUAAAGUCACUUAUAAUGGUGUUUAUACUUUGAAAGGUUUAAAGAAAGGAAAAUGGAAUCUGAAAUGGUAAAUAUUAAUAGAUGUUAAUAAGAUAUAAGUUUAGGUAAGAAUAUAUAAUAUGGAUGGGUGGAGCUAAAAAAAAUAGGGAAAUGGGAAGAGUUGGAUGAAGAAUUUGAGGAUUAUAAAUAAGUUACUUAUAUAAAAUGGAAUAUAUAAUAUGAAAGGUAGGAAGAGUGCUAUAUGGAAAAAUUGAAAUAAAGAAUAAUGAGAAAUCUAGGGAAGCAAAAUAUGAUGAUUGAUAAUAAAAUUAUGAUAUAUAUAAAUAAAUCAAAUGAAAUUAAUGAGUGUUUAACUUUUUUGUUAUUGAAAUUGGAAUAAUUUAAAGAUGGUCUAAUGAUUAGCAGAUGUGAAUUAAUGAUAAUUCAAGUUUGUAUAAAGGGUUCCUUGGAUUUAAUUUUCAAUUUGGCUUUAACACAAAUUUACUAGUAUCAUAAAUUAAAUUAGCUCAUAGAUUAACAAAGAUAAAAAAUUUUGA